AUGUCGGAGGUACCAAGAGCUGCGAAGGAUGGAUUAUCGGCACAGGCCACGAGCUCAGCAGUGACCUACGAACUUCCGUGGGUGGAGAAGUAUCGACCCACCAAGCUGGACGAUGUGGUUGGCAAUAGCGCCACAGUGGAUCGACUGAAGGUAAUCCAAGAAGAUGGCAAUUGUCCACAUCUGCUCAUAUCGGGACUGCCAGGCAUCGGAAAGACAACCAGCGUGCACUGCUUGGCCCACGCUUUGCUUGGAGACGCAUACAAGGAAGGGGUUCUGGAACUCAAUGCCAGCGAUGAGCGCGGCAUCGAUGUUGUGCGCAACAAGAUCAAAAACUUUGCCCAAAAGAAAGUCACGCUGCCUCCUGGUAGACACAAGAUCAUCAUUCUCGACGAAGCGGAUUCCAUGACGCCUGGCGCACAGCAAGCUUUGCGAAGGACCAUGGAGAUCUAUGCCAAUACUACGAGGUUCUGCUUCGCUUGCAACCAGAGCAACAAGAUAAUCGAUCCUAUCCAAUCCAGAUGCGCAAUCUUGCGGUACGGAAAGCUGAGAGACGAAGAAGUGAUGGGCAGGCUGAAGGAGAUUUGCAAAUUGGAGGAUGUCAAGUAUUCUGCGGAAGGGUUGGGAGCGCUCGUCUUCACCUCGGAAGGAGAUAUGAGACAAGCGAUCAACAACUUGCAAUCGACCUGGACGGGUUUGGGCUUCGUCUCUCCCGAUAAUGUCUUCAAGGUCUGCGAUCAACCCCACCCCGUUGUGAUUCGUCAGAUUCUCUUAUCCUGCAAUAAGGGGGAUGUAGACUCUGCUAUGGAGAAGCUGGAUGAGCUCUGGACUCAAGGAUAUGCUGCGGUGGACAUUGUCACUGGACUAUUCAGGGUGGUCAAGACGAUCGACCAGAUGCCUGAAGCGCUCAAGCUAGACUUUAUACGCGAAAUUGGUUGGACACACAUGCGCGUCUUGGAGGGAGUGUCUACUCUCAUUCAGCUCGGCGGUCUCGUUGCGCGGCUCGCAAAGAUCCAUCACCCCAAGGAGCAGUUUCUCAUUUGA